AAUGGAUCAGCAAAAAGCUGUUGGAAAUUCAACGAUGUUUUUGAGGCUCAGCAUUACUCUGAAAUAUUCAGAAACUGUCCUAAGAAGACGUCUUGUAAUCAUCACGGUGUCUUGAACAUGUGUAUGGAUGUGUACACGGAUCUCUUCGCUACACCACCACCAUCACCAGCUGAACCUAGUGGUGGUGGUUUGUCUCAUGAGGUAAUUGCCGGAGUAACAGUUCCUGUCGUAGCAGUACUACUACUAGUAGCAGUUGUACUUGCUAUGUAUUGCAGGCAGAGGCGUCAGACUUCAAUGUAUUUGGUACCCACUAGUCCUCCUACAUUUGCUGAAACUCCUGGUGCACCUGAUGAGUCUCAGUUAGCAUCACAUGACACACGCAACAAUGGUUCCAGUGUUUUAGUACGAGAGAGCAAUGUAGAUGGAAGUGAUGGAGAGAGUGAUGUGUAUGGAGAGAGUGAUGUGGAUAGAAUUGAUGGAGAACAACAUGGUGUUAUAGAAACUAGCAAUUCAAGUGUGAGUCAUCAUGAAGGUGACACAAGAACACCAUCACUUCCUGCUUGUAUUGAAAAUAAUCAACAUCACACAGAAGCUGAGGCUUCUGCUACUUCAGGAGUUUUUGAUGCAGCAAACUCUGUUAGACAGUCUGAUGACAGUACAAAAAGUGCAUCUGAUCAUGAAACCAAACAAACUGAAAGUAGGCAAGAAAGCAGAGGAGAGAAUCAAACAUGCAAUGCUCCAGGCAAUGAUGACAACAACGAUUAUAAUGAUAAUAAUGAUGCCGCCGCUGCCGUCGCCAACGAUGACAGCACUGUUUCUUUGAUGGUUUCAACAGAGUUGAAUGAUAGGAGGGUUGUUGCAGAUCAAAGUCAAUAUUACGGGGAUGCAAUAUUACACGAGACCAAAAAGCAGACAAUUUUGUUAGAACAACUUUCUCAAAGAAUGCAUGAACAGAGUGAAGACACGGCCGACCAAUUUCAGAAAGUGCAAGAGGGCAUAGGUGAAUUAAGCAUGUACAGUCAACAAACACAAGCAAUGGUGACAGAUGUGACUGCAAGUAUGAGGAAAGAAUCAGCUUCAGCAGACAGUUUUGUUGAUAAUGGGACAAGUAGUACUGUUUCAGCAACUGCGCUACAAUCAAGCAACUUUACUAACAGAUCAUCUGAUGAUCGGCAGCUUGUGAAUGGUAGUGUACAAGUGCUUUCUCAUUUGGCUCAAGGCAUUCAAGCAUCAAGGGAUGGAUCAGAGGAGCCAUCAAGUCUUGUUCAGGACUCAACAGUUUUAGAAGCAUCAUUCAAGGUUGGUCCCAGGGGUUGUCAAAGACUAGGUGGCAAAUUUGAUCUUUCUUUUCCACCGAGAGCAGUUAGUGAAGAUACAAUUAUUACUGCCAGAUUACAUUUAGAUAGAAACAGAAUACCAUGGGGCAGUGAGACAGGCUGUGUUUUGAGUCUGUUGCUAACUCUGGAACCCUCUCUGCUGCAGUUGAGUCAUCCUGUUCAAGUCCACUUUCCAGUUUGUGUUAAAGACUUAAAAAUGCAAAUACAACUCUUGAGAUGUUACAAUGAGGAGUAUGAGACAUAUGGAAACUGGAAAACUGUCAUGCAGUUUAACAGUAGUACUGCUGAGGAAGAAAUUAGGAAUUCUAAUUGUACAUUCAAUGUUCGUACUGGUCACUUGAGUUUGUCCAAAUUUGGCACUUUUUGCUGGAUUGGUCAGCCAGUUGAAUCCGAGACUAAGAAGAAGCCAGUACAUUGGUCAGUAUUUGGGUAUUGUCACAUGCGCAAAUGGAUAAUUGACAUUUGUAUUCAUGACUACUGUUACCACAUGUUGGAGAAAAUACUCAAAUGUGAGGCAACUAAAGAAAGGCCAAAACGUAAAUUUCUUGAUGGUUAUAGAAAUUUUGACAUACCAGGAGAAGGAACACUGCAAAUUAAUGUUCAAGGAAAAUUUUGCAAAACUACUCCGCCGGUGAUGCGUGUUGAUGUCAAGGAUCUAUGGCGGAAACCAUUUGGCAUUCCGAAAUAUUUACAAUUUGAAGUUGAAUGCAAACAACAUGAAAAUGUGUCUGACUUGGAUUCUCUGAUGCUUACCUUCUCAAUAAAUGAUUGGUAUGAGAAUGUGAUAAUACCUAUCUCUUCAGAGACGGAUGAACCAAUUCCUAGUUAUCCGUCUAGUGGCUUUCAUGACCGUGAAUCGAUGUCGUCACAUUUUGGAGCCACAGGAAAUUGGCAAAGCGAAACAGCGCCUUCAACCAUGGGAACAACGAGGGCACCUUACAGCACCUCACCUCGUUUAGGUGAAGUAGCUGAAAGGAGGUUGGCACAAGCCGCUGAAUGUCAGCUCAGCAGGAAACAGCUUGUGCGGGUAGUUGGCAAUAUUACUCAUUGUUGGACACAAUUUGCUGCUCUGCUUAAUCCAGAGAAGUUCACUGUUUCCGAAAUCAGUGUAAUACAGAAUAGCAAUCAAAGAACAUCCUUUGACCAGGCAUAUAAAAUGAUGGAGGAUUGGCGUGACGAAUUGAGUGUAGAUGCUAAAUGCCGUUUGGUUGUUACCGCAUUUUUGGACAUGAAAAUGAAACGUCAGGCAUGUGAUGUAUUUGGUGAAGCCCUGGUAAAGUACGUUAACAAGAUGUAUGGUUCUCUUGUUUAGCAGACAUUGCAUGCAUGGUUUUUGGCAAUUAAUUAAAUGAUUGGUUGUGCUGGAUGUAUAUGCUGUGCAUAUUGGCUAUUACAAGGUCUAUCAU